UUUGGGUGGGUCUCAGUUGUAUUUUGAUUAGUGUUUUACAACCUUAGUACAUACCGUAAAUUCCGUACGUGUCAUACUCCGUACACAAGCGCGUUUUGUCAUGCCUCGGUUACGUAUCCGUAUCCGUAAUUCGGCUUUUCGGUCGCUUCAGGCACGCUAGAGGGAGCCACGGGCCAGAGCAUUCAGGCUCAGGAACAAGCCCGAUAAGGCCGUAUGCGAAAGGAAUGACAUCCUACCUAGGUAGGGUGAAGAUUACCUAGGCAUUCGACGGCGUCUUGUGCAACACUCCGUCCACCGCUAAAUUUUGCAGCCUCCGCCUCUGUGGACAUGUAUUCUAGGCUGGACCCGUGGCAAAUUCCCAUAAAGCCGUAGCGAAGUUCGGGGCAAAGAAAAAAAAUUUCAAGAGUAAAAGAUCACUUUCCACCCGUCUCUCUCCCUCAAAUCAGAGCGGACUUCAAACAUGACCUUCACUUCGAAAGCCGCCGAGCUUCCGCUCGUAAGACUACCAGAACCGUAUCGAACAAAAUAUGAAAUCUGGCAGAGUCCAUCUCGUUCGAACGGGCGGAUAUUCCAACUUCGACUGUCAAGCGAGCAGGAUAGCAGCACAAGCCAACCCCCAGAACCGCUUCACAAUGAUACACUCCUCUUCAGCGAGCUAAUAUCAAGCCCCCAAUCCCGCCUACCAUCCGCGUCCGAUAACACUGACUGGGCUCGUGCCUGCAGAUGUUUGGUGUCCUUCAUUACGUGGGACGGAGAGACUGCUCCCACCGUGGGCCAAAUUUGGAUCAUAGUAUACGCGAUUCUGUCAGUAUGGCCUGCCGAGGAGUAUUUCCGAUUAAGUCUUUCGGGUGCGCAAAACGAUCAGCUGCGGGAGGAAAUAUCUGCCACAGGCCUUGGAAGACGUUUUCCAGAACGUGCCGGAUCGGAGAAAGUUGAGGAUGUGAUCAUAUCGAGGGCAGCUUUCUGGCAAGGAGCUGCAUCGCCAUUCGGAAACCGUCCUGCCUGGGUGGCACAACGACAAGGAACGGAUAGUUCCAGGUUCCAGGCCACAGAUUAUCCAGCUUUCCCGCUACAGUACACCAUUACGACGGAGUUCUCUAACCGUCCCGUACAUGUGCAGCAUCCCGUUCGGCCAGCAAAACCUGCCCGCGGAGCAACCAUAUACAGUCGCUAUAUCCCACAUUUGGACGAGUUUUUCUCCAUGGUGCAUCUUGACUACCAGGAUGAAACCCACCUCGCUCUAUUCCAUAAGUGGCAAAACGAUCCAAGGGUUGCAGUAAAUUGGAACGAAACUGGAACAUUGGAGGAGCACCGAGAAUAUCUGCGAAAAAUCGACCUAGAUCCUCAUCAGAUGGCGGUCCUCGCUAAGUUUGAUGAUAACUAUUUUGCUUACUUUGAAAUAUACUGGGCCAAGGAGGACCACAUGGGAACGUAUUACCCUGCUCUUGACUGGGAUCGGGGUCGCCAUUCGUUAGUAGGGGACGCAAAGUUUCGAGGUCCUCAUCGGGCGAUGGCUUGGUGGACAAGCCUGAUCCAUUACAUAUUCCUCGAUGAGCCGCGAACGACAUGCGUCGUGGGAGAGCCUAAGGCCACGAAUGAGCCAGUGUUGGGAUACGAUGCUGCUCAUGGAUUCCAUAUCUAUAAGUGGGGUGAUCUGCCGCACAAGAGGUCAGCAAUGGUUAGGUGUGAACGCAUACGGUUCUUCGAAAUCGUCAAUUUUGGAAGUGUAACAAGCAGCGGAACUGCAAAGUCCACCAAGCCCAAGCUGUAGUACUAGUAGUAAAUAGAUUGGAUGGUUGAAGAAUGUGUUGAUGUUUUGGUCUCUGGUGCGAAGUCCGACAAAAAAAAGGAGAGUUAACUAUAUGUAGUUAGAGUAACUGAACUAGUUAGCCAAGGUCGUCGCUCUCUUUGGG